AUGGCGGCGCAGUGCGACCCGCUGAGCGGGUACCUGCCCCAGCCGCUCUCCGACCCGGGCUCCAACAGCGAGCGCAGCGCCGACUCGCCCGCGCCCGGCUCCGAGGAGGACUCGGCCGGGCCGCCGCGGCCCCUGCACAGCCCCGAGUGGGGCGAGGAGCGAUUCCGGGUGGACAGGAAGAAACUGGAGGCCAUGCUCCAAGCUGCUGCAGAGGGCAAAGGGAAAAGUGGGGAAGACUUUUUUCAGAAGAUUAUGGAAGAAACAAAUACACAGAUUGCUUGGCCAUCAAAGUUGAAGAUUGGAGCAAAAUCGAAAAAAGAUCCCCAUAUUAAAGUUUCUGGAAAAAAAGAGAACGUUAAGGAAGCAAAAGAGAAAAUCAUGUCUGUCUUGGACACAAAAAGCAAUCGGGUAACCUUGAAGAUGGAUGUUUCACAUACAGAACAUUCUCAUGUGAUAGGUAAAGGUGGCAAUAAUAUUAAAAAAGUGAUGGAGGAAACGGGAUGCCAUAUCCAUUUUCCAGACUCAAAUAGGAACAAUCAAGCAGAGAAAAGCAACCAAGUGUCUAUUGCAGGACAGCCAGCUGGAGUGGAGUCUGCAAGAGUCAGAAUUCGGGAGCUGCUUCCAUUGGUACUCAUGUUUGAAUUGCCUAUUGCUGGAAUUCUCCAACCCAUCCCAGAUCCUAAUUCUCCAACCAUUCAGCACGUGUGUCAGACCUACAACAUUUCAGUUUCCUUCAAACAACGCUCUCGAAUGUAUGGUGCUACAGUCAUUGUCAGAGGGUCACAAAACAACACUAGUGCUGUGAAGGAAGGAACAGCCAUGCUCUUGGAACACCUGGCUGGGAGCCUGGCCUCUGCAAUCCCUGUGAGCACCCAGCUCGACAUCGCAGCGCAGCAUCAUCUCUUUAUGAUGGGCCGGAACGGCAGCAACAUCAAACAUAUCAUGCAGAGGACUGGUGCUCAGAUCCACUUCCCUGACCCCAGUAACCCACAGAAGAAAUCCACUGUCUACCUCCAGGGCACCAUUGAGUCCGUCUGUCUUGCCAGGCAAUAUCUCAUGGGUUGCCUUCCCCUUGUGCUCAUGUUUGAUAUGAAGGAAGAAAUUGAAGUAGAACCACAGUUUAUAACUCAGCUAAUGGAGCAGUUAGAUGUCUUCAUAAGCAUUAAGCCUAAGCCAAAACAACCAAGCAAGUCUGUGAUUGUAAAAAGUGUUGAACGAAAUGCCUUAAAUAUGUACGAGGCACGGAAAUGUCUCUUGGGACUUGAAAGUAGCGGAGUCACCAUAGUAUCAAAUCCCUCUACUGUCUCCUGCCCUGUUGGUCUGUCUUGUCCUGGUUUGGAUAUUUUGUCCUCAGCAGGACUAGGACUCACUGGGCUUGGCCUUUUAGGUCCGACAGCCCUGUCAGUCAACACCUCUACUACUCCAAACUCUCUGUUGAAUGCCCUUAAUAGCUCUGUGAGCCCUCUGCAGAGUCCAAGUUCAGGCACGCCCAGUCCCACACUGUGGGCAACAUCUCUCGCUAACACAAACACCACAGGUUUUUCUGCUAUUCCACACCUAAUGAUACCAUCUACUGCCCAAGCAACCUUAACUAGUAUUCUGCUGUCUGGAGUGCCUAAUUAUGGUCAAAACACUCCAUCUCCACCACCAGGCUUGACUCCUGUUGAAGUCCACGUUAAUGGCAUGCAAUCAGAAAGUAAAAAAGGUUCACCUUCUUUAAAUGGUCACGUAAAGGCCUCAAAUAUCAAGUAUGCUGCACUGUCUGCCACAUCGCUGGGAGAAAACGUGUUGAGCACAAACCACAGUGAUGGAGUAAGGCAAACAAGUGCUCAUGGUGCCUCAGAACAAGUGACUGCCAAGGCAAAUAGUGAAGAAGGUUGCAAUGAUGCUUUUGUGGAGGUGGGCAUGCCUCGGAGUCCAUCGCACUCAGCGAACACCAGUGACCUGAAGCAGAUGAUGAGCUCUUCCAAGCAGGCCUGUGCCAAGAGACAAACGGUGGAAUUACUGCAAGGCACCAAAAACUCCCACUUACACACCACGGACAGGCUGCUGGCCGAGGCCGAGCUGGGAGCCCCCGAGAGCCCCGUGGCUGAUAAGAAGGCUCCGGGCAGCGAGCGGGCGGCCGAGCGAGCGGCAGCUGCCCAGCAGAACUCCGAGAGAGCACGCCUGGCUCCACAGCCCUCCUUUGUAAAUAUGCAGGCAUUUGACUAUGAACAGAAGAAACUACUAGCAACCAAAGCUAUGUUAAAGAAGCCAGUUGUAACAGAAGUGAGAACUCCAACAAAUACAUGGAGUGGUUUGGGGUUCUCUAAAUCAAUGCCUGCAGAAACUAUCAAGGAACUAAGGAGAGCAAAUCAUGUGUCAUACAAGCCUUCCAUGACAACUACAUAUGAGGGCUCAUCCAUGUCUCUGUCCCGGUCCAGCAGUCGGGAGCACCUGGGAAGUGGCAGUGAAUCUGAUAACUGGAGAGACCGGAACGGGCUUGGACCCACCGCUCACGAUUUUGUCUCCUCAAUUGGCAGCCCCAAACGGAAACAAAACAAAUCAGCUGAACACUAUCUCAGUAGCAGCAACUACAUGGACUGCAUUUCCUCGCUGACAGGAAGCAAUGGCUGUAGCCUCAACAGUUUGUUCAAGGGAUCUGAUCUGCCUGAGCUCUUCAGCAAGCUUGGUUUGGGCAAAUACACAGAUGUAUUCCAGCAGCAAGAGAUUGAUCUGCAGACAUUCCUCACUCUUACUGAUCAAGAUUUGAAAGAGUUGGGAAUUACCACUUUUGGUGCCAGAAGAAAAAUGCUGCUUGCAAUCUCAGAACUGAACAAAAACCGAAGGAAGCUCUUUGACCCAUCCAACAUCCGUGCCUCAUUCCUGGAAGGUGGAGCCAGUGGGAGACUGCCGCGCCAGUAUCACUCGGACAUUGCCAGUGUCAGCGGGCGCUGGUAGCAGGAGGCUGGGCUCAGAAAGCAGCUGGAAAGAUGGACAUGGCAAUCCUGUGGACAGCCUUCACUGCACACCACCCUCUGCACUUUGGGAGUUUGGGUGUCAAGGACCAAAGCGUUUUGUCUGCACAAUACUGUGCCAAAAAAUCAGAGAGAACACGUAUUGUCGGUUGUCUUUCGAAACACCAAAUGUGGGUUACGUUUUACUCAUGUAGAUUGGACAGAAUUUGCAAUAAUAAUAAUAUAGGGUUCUUUGUUUAGUAUUUUAUUACCUAUAACUAUAAUGUAUGCACUGAAUUUUGUACUAUUGUUGAAUGAAGGAAGAAUGAAGAGCUGGGAUGCCAGAGAGCAUAGAUUUGGCUUUAUCAAGAUGGAUUUUUCUGGUACUGCUUAAAAUAAUUAUUGAGGUCUUUCUGCACUUUACAUGUUCUGAUUUCUUGUCCUGUGGAAAUUUAUUUCUCUUUCAUUUCCAUAUCAAUUUUUAUAUUGGCACUAAUCAAAGUUUUUCAGGUGUUCCUGCAUUAAGUCACAUCUCACUAUAAUGGUACUAAAAACUGGUUCUUAUGCAGAUUUUUGUUUUUUCUCUCUCUGUCUCCCAGGUAGUUAUCUGAAGAGAUUGUUCCAAAAUCAAGUCACUUGGUAGUGGACCAGUCCUGUUAUGCUCUUAUAAAGCAGUCUAAUGCUGCCUGCAAUAAUACUCACUGUAACAAAUGCAAUGAAAGACCAAAAUGGACCUUGCAAUAUUAACCCUUUCCAGUUAACAUAUUUAACUGCUGCCUUUAUGCUAAAACUGUUUUUAAUGGUUGUCUCAAAGCAAAGGGCUAUUUUUAGUACCCUGCCACUAAAGGACACUUAUUUAUAUCAGACUUUUAUUUUUAGAUUCUAUACACCUACAAUACAUAACAGAUUAAACUGAUCUACUGCAGGUUUAUGGUAGAGACCAAAAGGCAUUCAUCAAACUAGAGCUCUGGGCUGUCAGUUUGAUUAAACAGACAACUAAUCUAAUUUGACAAAACAGCACUGUUGCCAUUUAAUAAAUGACACAUAUUACUUACAUGACUAUGCAUGCAGCAAUGAAGUGACCUACAUAAAAUAGGUGUAAUAGCAUCUGUUUUGUUCAAUCUAGAUUUGUAAUUGUCAGCUGCAGAAGUGCUUGAAACUCUGGAGAUGAACUAUUUCUGAAACAAGUUAUGUUCAACAGAAAGAGUCCAUGUUAUAAGUGGCUAGAGCUAAAUUUCACAUUCUUAUACUGUGAAAGUCCGAAAGAUUUGGCAAUGUUAUUCCUCUGUCUUUACAGAUGUUGUGUUAUGGGUUUAUGAAGGGUUUCAACGUAAUGAAGGAAUCCGUAAAGUGCCUCUUUAUGCUAUGUCUAGUUCCAAGCAUUAAUUGAAAAGCAUUCCCAUGAGAAAUAUUGUGAAUUACCUUACCUCUACUGUAAUGUAUUAUUUAUGUUCAAUGUACAAGCCUUUUGAGAUGGACAUAAACCACUGUCAAGAGCUCUUAAAAGAAGGCAUUAGAAUAACAUUUACAGUAGUUGGGGUUUAUGCAAAAAUGGGUUGAGAGAGUUUUGACACUUUCCAUGGGUAAUUCUUUCUUUUAAGGUGAGAAUGCAAAAUGAUGUAUGGCAAAAAUUGCACACACAAAGGGAAUUUCAAGAGACUAUUACUUGAGGGCAUAGAUGAUCAAGCAAUAAUAUAAAGUCUUGUGGUUAGCUAAAAAUUGCUGCUCAGUGCUCAUUUCAGCCAUAUCUACUUAAUGGUGUAUAGCUGGGUGACUUCCCCUGUAGAUCAAGUAGCAGCUUUGUCUGGUUUUAAAAUGGCACUGCGGAUGUGACUGGCUAAAGCUGUAUCUGGUACUCACACAGUUGUUCACAGCAGCUUCCUCUGCUCAAUGCCAAGGGUCAAUAUCCACGUGUCUAGGAGAGAUUGAUGUGUGUUGCACGGGCAAGAGCAACUUCAUGGAAACCCUCUUGGAAGCCACCACUUCUCAUUCUAAAGCUAUUUACACUUGUGCUUUCCUCUAAGCACCGCAGAUAGUUCCAUUCACACAGACUAUUUAUGUGCUUUCGGAUAAGCUGUUGUUUAAAUGUUUGCAUUUGCAAGCCCAGUGCUUGCAAAUCAAAUUGUAUUCAGACUCCUUAUUUCAUGAAAUGUUUUUAAUGAACUAAAUAUUCAGCAACACUUUGUACAGAAUUUUCUGCAACCCCUCCUUGCUUCUUUUGCCUAAACUUAAAAGCAUCCUAAAGCUUUGCACUCAGAUUUUUAGCCUUUUGUAGGUACAUGCUAUCUAUCCAGAUGGUACUAUACUCAGAACUGAUUUUCUUACAGUAUUAAGUUGAUGUGGUCUUUUGCUGAGCAGUGCUUAUUUCCUCUACACCAAAGUGAAGAAUUUCCCAUGAACAACAUUAUUUUUCAGUAGGGCUUCACAUUAAAAAAAAAAAACCACACUGGAAGAAAAUUCUCACUUACUUUGAUUCCACAAAGGGAAUAAAACAGUACAGUGUAUCAUAUUGUUAGUGUUACAUUGUGCACAAAUAUUUGACUUGCUACAUAAAAUGUUAGUUUUAAAUCUGUGCCUUAACAGUGACCAGUUAUCUGUAAAUAUAGAGCAGAUACAGAUUGUAUUUUUGUGGGUUGUGUCCUUUUAGUGAUUUUUUUAAGAAAAUGAAAGUUGAAAUUAAAACAUUAAAAAUGGAGAUUUUCAAAACUAAUCAGUGUUGCAUAAAAUAAAUUUAUAUAACUCCCUUGUAUUCUGAUUGGUUCAUUAAGUAUUUUUAUAUAGACCCAGUUCCAGGGAUGCUUGCUUGUUAAUAAAAUAUAAAAAGCACUAUUUGACCUAACGGCAA